CGCAUCUUUGCAUGUCUCGUGUAUUUCCCUUGUUGCUUGCUCUUGUGCGUGCAGGCAAGCAAAUCGCGCAGCAAACUUUUUGUUUGAGUUUGGCUUGUAUGGGGGGAUGUUGGUUGGUGUAGUUGGUUCCGCAUUUCGCAUCGCAUCAACCCAAACCAACCGCAGCCACCUCUGCAACACGCCGCCAUCACCAGAUCGCUCACCCCAAGCAGCCAAGCAACCCGAUUGCCUGCUCCUCUUCCUGCGCCGGCUGAUCUGUUCCCCUCCCAAAGUCCCAAACCCAACAACAACCACAACCACCAACCAGCCAACCAAGACGGCUAGACGCGGUCACAACCACACGAACCAACCCGCCGCUGUCGACGACAAUAGAAGAGAUCACCAAGCAAGACAAGAAGACAUCGUCGCUUCCCUUUCCCUUGGUUGCGUGCACCCUUGCGCCUCGUUUUGGGUUUGCUCGUGAAGGCGCAGAGCUGGCGUGAGAUCAGGCGCUGCAACACCUGCGGCAACACCUGCGCUUCGCAUUCACACCUCUCUCCGCAAAGCCAACGAGGGCACAUCCAUACCGACGACGACGACCACGGUGUCGCCGCUUCCCACCACAACACAAGCGGAACGCGUGAGCAACCUCCUCCUCGCCCUCACAGCCUACAGCAAAAGGGCACUUUCGCGCAUUCACGCCCUCACCAAGCCAAAAAGCCUGCACGGCGACACGAACAAGCACAAGAAGGCAAGAGACAGCCGACAGCACCUGGGCGCAGCAGCCUUCCCCUUUUGUCUGCGCCACCCCCUCCCCUCCGUGUCACAACUCCCCGCAAUCCCUCUGAUCACCUUUGACGUUGUGCAUCAAGAUGAAGGUGCUCGAGAUCAAGGUGACAGACCAAACCAGCGACUGGUACCGCGCAGUCGCCAAGCACCACCACGUCUCGAACCUCCUGUGCGGAUUCAUUGCCCUGGCCAUCACUUAUCUCCUCAAUCGGCACAUUGGCCAAGCACGCGAACGCGAGGCCGCAGACCGCCAGCACCGCCGCCCGCAGCGCCAGUUGUCCGCACAAACCGCUGACAGCAAGGACAGCAGCAAGAGCAGCAGGGCGAAGAAGAAGAAGCAGCAGCAGCAGAGGAAGGAAAGGGCCAAGCGUACGAGUGAUGCGAGUGAAGGUGACGGUGUUGACGCUGACGCUAGGCUCGCCCGCGAGGCCCUCGUGAGCCUGCUAUGCGACAUUGGCACUGGUGGCGCCUCACUCCGCGCCGCCAUCGAGACCAUCAUCUCCGUCAUUGCCGGCAUGCGGCAGCGGUAUGUCGCAGCGCGCUCCUGCGAGUUUGCUUCGCCCGCAGAGCGCACCAACUUCCUCACGGGUCCCCUGGGCGUGUUUGAGCUCGCCCACGUGCUGCGCAGCACCGACGUCAUCCCAGGGCGCGCGGCGUUCUUGCGGUUUGUGUGGCAGCGGCCAGGCACUGCAGACCUGCUCCGCCCAAGCCUCAACUUUCUUGUGGAGCGCCUGUUUCUGGAGGAAGAGGCCCUGUUUGCCGUGUACCGCAGGCAAGUUGUGCUGGAGCUGCCCGUUGUUGCCCCAACUGAGGAGUGGGACCAAGAGGAGCAGGAGCAGACGGAGGACCAGGACACCACCCCUCAGGACAGCCACCCUGGCAAGCGGAGUAAGCACCCUCAAGAAGCCCAGCACCGCCAGCGUGUGUCUGACGCAGGCCGUUCCCAUCCCACCGUCCAUCAGCAGCGGCAGCACCAUUCUGCACAACCACGCCAUCACGCGCAACACCAAGGAAGGGUGGCGCCUACACAAGCACCAGCGACAGCAGCGGCAAUCUCAGCCCCGCUCUGUCCCCACCACAUUUACGCGUACACGGAUGAGCACGGCUGCCUGAUUCGCGGCAACUGCAUGCUGUACGAUGUGCCCGUGUGGACACAGGACACAACCGGGCACGAUUUGCGGGACUUGUCGCACGUCAUCUGCUUUCCUCCACCUCACCGCCAGGGACCGCAACAGCAACAGCCACCACCCCCACAACGUCAGCAGCACCACCAACAGCAACCGCCGCCACCACCACAACAACAACAACAACAACAACCACACCCACAAGAAUACUACCAGCAGCAGCCUCAGCAGCAGUAUCCAUAUCAGUACGUACAGCAGCCGGCACAGCAGAGCAUGUUCUCGCCGCCGCCACCACCACUCACAACAACAACACCAACAACAGCAACAGCAGCAGCAACAACAGCAGCAGCACCGCCACCGCCACCGCCACCGCUAUGGCUGACCCAGCAGCAGCAGCAGCAGCAGUCCAUCAUGUCACAGCUACCGCCGCCCGUGCCACACCUGCAGCUACAACCACAGCAGCAACCACGACCACAGCUACGGCUACAACCACAGCUACAACCACAGCCACCAGCAUUUCAUCCCCUGCAGCAGCAAGAGCGCUCGCUGAUUGAUCCACAGCGGCUGCCGCAACUGCCUGUUGUCACAGUGCCGUGUGAGCCACGCACAAUGACCAUGACUGGGGCCGGGCUGGGCAGCCCCGUCGCUGACGCAAGGCGCAGCCACCCCGCUGCCAAUGUGCACGUGCAAGACAAAAACACGUCGGGUGAUGCUCCGCAGCAGUUGUUCAAGGGCAGCGCGCAGCAGCAGCAGGAAGAGGUGCAGUCGGACGCCUACCGCGCGCCAGACAUUGCGUGCAUACCCGUCUGUGUGGACUUGGCGGGCCACUUCAAUGUGGCCAUUGUGCUGCCAUCACUCAACCGCAAGCGCACGAAGAAGAGGCAGAAGAAGGACAAGAGCGAGACGAGGGCGAAACGGAGCAAGGUCGGUGGUGAUGAUGGCAGCGGGAAGACCAGCCAUGAAGAGCAGACAACACCGAUGGAUGCCGCUGAUACCAGGCUCCAGCCAGCACGGGCUGAGGCGACGGAGGCGUGCGGGGAACACUGUUUGCAGUGUCACAACAACGACAACACCACCAACACCAACGGCAGCGACGAAGUGCAGCAGUAUAAGAGCUGUGGCGCGUGUGUUGGUGGAGGCGAUGGCUUCAAGCAGGAGCAGCCGCAAACGCAAACGAGCAAGCGCGCCAAGAUGAUGGCAGUGAUGACGCCACGACCACCACCGGGUGCUGUGCAACCCGCACAUUCGCAGUACCAGCAAGCCGCACAAGCUCGCGCAGGCAGCAGCAGCGGCAGCAGCAGUUGCAGCACCGCCUCUCGGAGCAGAACAGCAAGCACCGCCAGCAACACAACAUCAGGCCGCCAGCGCAUGAUGCAACCUGGCGAUAACUUGCGACAGGAGCAGCUGCCGUCGCGCCAAGAUGCUCUCCUGCAUCGACUGCGCACCAUCUUUGGUCUCGUUGACAGCACUGCACGUCGUGGUGGUGGCCAGAGGAAGCGGCCGCAGGAGGGGGGCGUGUGCACCGCAGCAGCACCCACAGCUGGCCACGAGAACAAGGAGGAUGAUGAUGAGUGCGAUGACUGUUUGAGGGAUGGUGGCGGUGGGUGUGAUGGCGAUUGCAAUGGUGAUUGCAGUCUCGGGAACGCCGACGAACAUGUUGCAGACGCACGCGAUGAUGUUGAAGACUGUGGUGAUGAUGACAAUGAUGGUUGUAUCGCCGCCGCCGACGCCGCCGCCGCCGCCGACGACGACGAUGAUGAUGAUGGUGAUGAUGAUGAUGAUGGUGACGAUGGUGACGAUGAUGAUGAUGAUGACGAUGAUGACGUGGUGGUGGUACUCGACAGCAUGCCAACUGCGGCAUACACGGCCCCCGGCGAUCACCGCUUGCGCUACACAUCGCUCGCUGCCACGGCCCUGCACCUCUCCGACAAAAAGGCGGGGGACGAUGACGUGUGCCGUGUGCUCUAUUUGCCGGGCGCUGCACCACGCCCCACAACAACGCAUGCCAAGGCCAAGCCCAGCCAGGCGCCAUGAGCCACCGCCACCGCGACCAGCAUCCAUCCUCGUCCCACAGCCGAACAAGCAUGCCAGCGUGAAGAUCUCAGAGUUGUGUUUGUGUUUGUGAUUGUUUACCAGACAGCCGUUUCUCUUCAGUUCUUAGCUUGUGCACACCACAAUGAUGCGUCACAUUUAGUCGACUACAUGAUUUGCGUCCUGUUCCACUCACACGAGAGCACUCAAGUUGCCGUUGUGUUGGUGCGUUCUCUUGCUCGUUGACUCGAGGCUGAGCGUAGUUACAACGUUACAUUGCUCCCAGACACACCGAAUCGCCCGACUCUCCGUUUUUACCUACGUUAGUCUUGCCUGCAAGCAAACAAAACAAAGCAGACACCUUUUCCAAGUAGCACCAUUUUGCAGACUGCUUACAUCACAUCCUCAUAACUUGCCCAGGGAACAGGCCUUCCACUGUCAACCUUUGAUGACCGUUGUUGACCUUUGUUGUGCUCUUGUCUGCCAUGUUCUUGAUGGGAUUGCGUGUUACUGUUGUGUCAUUUCGUUCUAUUGACACGUUGAUGCUUGCAUCAAGUUCUCUCAAUACUACACACGGCUCGU